AUGGGUCUCGCUUCCAGCGUGUGUGUGGAAUGGAUUGUGGCAGUUACCGCUGCUGCUGGGACAGCUGCAAUGUGUCACUAUCCAGUUUACCAAAGACUUUAUGUUAACGAUCAUCACAGCAAAUCUAUGGCUAACGUUCACAUUCAGAAAGACAACCCCAAGAUCAUACCUGCUUUUCACACGGAGGAUUUGGGAGAUAAAGCUGUGGACUGCCAUUGUUGGAGGUCCAAAGAGUCCCCGUUCUCUGAUGGAGUACACAUGAAACCCAACGAAGAGACUGGACACGGCGUGGGACCUCUGAUCACCAAGAGAGAAGAAACUGAAACGGACAGUUCUGAUGCUGCAAACCCCCUGGUCUGCACGGAUGAAGUAGCAUGA